AUGGCGGCUAGUGGCUGCGUGAUGCCCGCCUCGAAGUCGCAGUCGCUUGACAAAUGGAUGCGGAUAAGCCAUCCGCGGCGGCGCGCGCAUUCUUUUCUCCAGAUCACUCCACAGGCGAAGCAAGUUGAGGCACUGUUGAGGCCAUGGAAGGGGCGGAGCUGGGAGGACUUUCUCGGAGUGUGGGGAUCUGUGGAGUGGUUUUCCAGUUACAAGGGUGGUGGGAACGGCGUCUGGGCUCUGCAUCAUAGGGUAGCUCGAGUAUCUCCUGCAGACCGCCGAGGGUCGCAAAAAUGCUACUGA